GCCCACAGGCUUCCCCGCCCUCGCCCAGCUCCGCGAACCCGCGCUUGAAGGGAGGCUGGUUUGCAGGAGUCGCCCGCGAAAGAGAGAGAAGAAGAACUCGACGUUUUGCCCCCUUCGAAAGAGGGGCAUCCCGCCGUUGCCAUGGAGUCGUCCGGUGGUUCCUCCAAGGGGUGCAUGGAUCAAUUUACCAGCCUCAUCCGCUCCCAAAGGGGAAUGCUACUCUUCGCAGAAAUAAUUGCAUGUAUCAUCAUACUGAUCUGCUAUGGGGCAUCCUGGUCAUAUGCCUACACAGGUUUGGCGAUCUUCAUGCUGAUUUACUGCAUCGUCCUGUUUAUCAUCUUCAUGUUAGGAUUACACCUCCAAUUGACUUUCGUUCACUGGGGAUGGACGACUUUUAUCCGGGCUCUUAUUGGAGCAGUGGCUUUUAUCAUCACCGCCAUCGUUGUCCUUGUUAGCCGCCCAGAUGGAGCAGGCAUAGCUGGGGCGGUGGUUUCAAUUCUGACUGGAAUCCUCUUUGGCUACGAUGCAUACACCAUCUUGCCUACUCUCAGGAAAUCCCAUGCACCAGCUCCUUCCGCAGAAGUAGGGCAUCAACCACCAGAAUCUCCAGCGAAUUUUAUUCCUCAAAACUGAAAAUAGAGCCUACAGAAGGGAUUUGAAGACGCCAUCCCUCUUUCACCUCAAGACAAAACACCACACUGGACCCAUCUCCUAUUGCCUUCUGUGGGAUCUGUCCCUAAGAGACCACCUCCCCGUAUCAAUUUGGCAACAUCACAGCCUCUUUUCCUUGGAUGCCCAGUAGGACUGAUUGUUGUCUGAAUUGGCAGGUCCUUUCCUCUUGUUUCCACUUUAUGAAACUGUUCCAGGAAAUGGAAAAGAAGGGCAGUUCUGGAAUCCUCCAGGGAAAUUGCAGACCCCAGUAAGAUGGAUUUCAUAGGUUUGUAACUAUUGACUGCAUCAGAUUGAGAGUAAUUCCAUUUACUCUCUGGUUGAGAUGCAAAGAAAAUAAGCCUUUAUAUGUUUAGUCCUAUUAGUAGAAAAUGGCAGCAAAGUGCAAAGGGCCCCCCCGGACCUUCUCUUUGGGGCGUCUGUUUGCCUUGCAGACUCCAGGUGCUUGCAUCCAGAGUUUCAAAUAAGAAUCCACUGUUUUGAAAUCUAACAAAUAGGACUUUUUCAAAAGUUUGUAACUUUUGAAGAGUUUGAGUUCCACCCCAUGAAAAGGUGUUUGAAAUUUCACUAAGCCAUCUUAAAUACCCAUUUUUGAUAAGUUAUUAUUUUUUAAUAAAGCAAGCGCUUAAAAGGCAUCCUACAUUGGUAACUUUUUCUACACCAUUUAUUUUCUCCCCUAAUCUUAUCUCUCUUAGGGGGAACCUCGGUCUUUAAAAAAGGCACCAGGUUACGGAGUAGGGUUAUGUGUAUGUUCAGUCAUUGUGAGCAAAUAGAAAAAGUGAGUUUGGGUGGUCAUGAGCUACUGAAACUUCCAGAUUAAGGAAAACUUUACUGAAUUAGACUUCCAGGGCUCAGAGGUAAAACUCUACUGCCAGGCAAAAUUCAUUACCCUGGCCUAUUUUGUAAAAUUUUUUAAAUAUAAAAAUAGUAAACAUAGCAAACUUUUAUAUAAAAUAUGCAAAUUCAUAUACUUGAUGAUGAUGUUAUCCAUUCAGUCGUGUCCAACUCACGGCAAUUCUGUGGGCCAGGUUUCCCCACAUCUUCCGAUCUUGCACUAUUUGAGGGUAUUUUUAUGCUCUGGCUGAUGUCAGCUUUGAUGAUGUCCAGCUACUGUGUUCUUCAGCAGUCUGUUUUCCUUUCCCCACUUAACUCUUCCAAGCAUAAUUACUUUCACCAGUGAAUUACCCACCGCAUGACAUGGCCAAAAUAAGUGACACAGAGUUUUGUGAUUUUGCCUUCCAGUGACAUGUAUGGGUUAUGCACUCAUAUACUUGUUAAAGGCCAUUUUUUUUCCCAAAGAAGAGAACUUGGCUUACCUUGGUGCUGAUUUCUGGGUAUUUUUUAAUAAUUAUUUUGGUGUAGUGCAGAAUACAGCCUUGGCUAGGGCCUCAGUGAUCUAUUAGGAGACACAUAUGCGGCCUGAUUUUCUUCUGGGGAAUGUAUAUCAUUGCCUUAAGCUUAGAACACGUUGUCUGCAUUGGCAGGAAAGAUAGAAGAGAAAGGAGAAUGUCUACUGCCAUCUCUCGUCCAAUUCUCUCCUGUUGGACCUUGGGCAGCUUGGUUUUAUUUUGUGCUUGCUGGAGAAAUAAAAUAGUUGAAAAUGCAAAUAAAUGAUAUCUGAAUUAG